AUGCCUUACAAUAUUGCGAUGAUCUCGGAUUUCUUCUACCCGCAGCCUGGAGGAGUAGAAAGUCAUAUUUAUCAAUUAUCCACUAAACUGAUCGACCGAGGACAUAAUGUAAUAAUAAUUACCCACGCAUAUGGGCCACCCGGCCCGAGUCGCUCAGGUGUACGAUACCUUACGAAUCGUUUAAAAGUUUAUCACCUUCCUCACUGGGUUGUUUAUCGGUCGACGACUUUUCCGACGGUCUUUUCUUCGUUUCCAAUCCUGCGGCAAAUUUUCAUCCGUGAACGAAUACAGAUCGUUCAUGGCCAUGCGUCUCUUAGCAAUCUUUGUCACGAAGGGCUAUUACAUGCGAGGACGAUGAGCUUACAUACUGUGUUCACCGACCACAGCUUGUUUGGCUUCAGUGACACAGCUAGCAUCAUGGCCAACAAGUUGCUCAAAUUCAGUCUGAGCGACGUAGACCACGUCAUUUGUGUCAGCCACACAUGCAAGGAGAACACGACGCUGAGAGCAUCUCUAAAUCCGCUCGCAGUUUCGGUCAUCCCGAACGCAGUCGUACCAAGCAGCUUCAAACCUCUACAGCCCCAUGAAGCCAAAGCGCUGAGCAUGCAGAGUGAGAAGGAGUCGCUUCUACCACCUCCUCCGGAUCCUACUCAGCCGAUAGGACCUGGCGACCCCAUCACCAUUGUGGUCAUAUCACGGCUCUUCUACAACAAAGGAACCGAUUUACUUAUCUCUGCACUGCCGCUUCUUCUCCGUCGUCACGCCACUCUUCGAUUCAUCAUUGCUGGCAGUGGUCCACAGGCCAUUGACCUCGAGCAAACUUUGGAAUCGCUUCCACAACAGCUCGUUUACACGCCGUCGGGACAAAGCCGGGUUAUGAUGCUUGGUAGUAUCCGUCACGAGGAAGUGCGAGACGUAAUGAUUCGCGGGCAUCUGUUACUUUCGACUUCGCUCACCGAAGCAUUCGGGACUGUGCUGGUGGAAGCAGCCAGUUGCGGCCUGAUGGUGGUCGCCACACGAGUGGGCGGUGUACCCGAAGUGCUACCCGAUAAAAUGACGGUUUUUGUCCUGCCCGAAGUGGAAGACGUCGUUCGUGGUGUCACAGAAGCCGUAGGUCUCCUCACCAGCAAGUCCGUCCGACGGGACGGCUUUCACGAUCUUGUCAAGAACAUGUAUUCGUGGGCGGAUAUCGCUCGGCGGACGGAGCGAGUCUACGACCUCAUCACCGACACCCCCUGCGCACCGGACAACGAAGGCUUCUACGACGAGGAAUGGAUGAACUACGGCCAACCCGCGCAGAUCCCAUCUUUCGCACUCAUGGACAGGCUGAAGCGCUACUUUGGUUGUGGAGUCUGGGCGGGCAAGCUGUUCGUCAUCGUGGUCAUUGUGGACUAUCUCAUCUACUGCUUCCUGGAGAUCACGUAUCCUCGAGGGAAGAUUGACCUGUGCAAACCAUGGCCGACGACGACGGGGUCUGCAACGACCAAAUAUCAGGAGGAGAUGGAAUCGGGCAAGACACCCGAGAAGAAUACAUUGACGAGGAAGAAAUCCUGGCAGCGCUCCGGCGUGUUCGAGUUCCCCGACCAGGACGAAAGUUGA